AAAAUGGAGAAGAGUUUGAUUGUUGUAUUUUGCUGGAUCGCACUUGGUUUUCAAUACAAUGUUUCACGAGGUAAGAACUACCGCUGAAGUGUGCUUACGAGCAUAUAUCAUCAGGUAGCCGUAUUGGUGAAAGGUUGUAAUUUAAAACGAAUAUAGACGUGGCGGUAACUUGUCUGAUUGAAACUUAAUACUAAAUAGAAAAACAACCGAUCAUUAAGCAAUAAUACAUUACAAUAACGAUGUUCGAUUUUUAGCUGGAUUUCCUAUUUAAAGGCCUACUCUGGGACCUUAAGUCGCCGUAAUUUUAGGCGACUUAAGGCGAUUUAAGGCGACUUUAGGAAAAUUUGGUCAAAAUGUUGCGCGACUUAAGGCGAUUUAAGGCGACUUUAGGUGACUUAAGGAGAAAAAGGUGACAUUUAGGUGAGUUACAUGUCAGUGAAUAUGUUGCAGUUAAUUUUUAAUUUCAGUUAAUUUGUGGUUUUCCUUCGUUUUAAAUUCAUUAGCAUACAUAACCAUACCCAGAAACGAUGGAAAAAUAAAAAUUAACUGAAAGAAAAAUGAACUACAACAUAUACAAAAUCAAAAUCUGAUAACACUACCUCUCUAGGGACACAAUGUUGUAGCAUAAGUUAAUUCAGUCUUGAAGACAUCUACAUUAGUCUUCCAAAUUUUCAACAAUCUCAGCUACCUAAUAUUUUGAACAUUAAAUAUCAAGGUAGCUUGUGUUGCAGGUGUAUUCUAACUGUGGUUAGUAACAUUCGUGAAGCAGCUCUAAUAUCCUUGUUCUGGGCCCUGAUGCACUAAAUGAAUUACCAGCAUUUUGAGUUCCCCUUCAACAUGAUUGGCAAAUGGACAAUGGCAUUUUUAACAGUCCAGUCCUGGCAUGUUCUCUAAUCCUGAUACACACACAGGGGGCCCAGAACUAGGAUUUUGCCACUGUUUUGCAGAUGGACUUAACCCAGAGUUUAGUUCCAUCUGUGGCACAGGCUAAUAUCAAGGGUGUUGGUUUAGUAUUACAUUAGCAGAGACAAAAUCUGAGUUAGAAGCAACCAAAAGGGUAAAUUUUCUCUUGGUCUUUAAAUGCAUUAUUUCAUAAUAUAAGGGACAAAAAAUCAAUGGUUCCUGCAUUUCUUUUUCCAAAAAAUAAAACCAUAAAAGUAGAGUAUUUCAAUACAUCUCUGUAACAUACUGUGAGCUGGUUUGUAGCAAAAACUUUAUAUUGAAGUGUCUUUUUUUCAUAAUUUGACAACAAACAUUUAAGUAAUUAAUUUAAAACAUCUAAAAUCACUUAUCGAUAUCGCACAUUAUGGAAAUGACGAUCCCCAUUGUAUGUCUUGGCAGUUGCUCUGCCAAUGUUUGUCCCCACACGUUUGGCUAAGAGGAUGUUUUCCCAACUGAAUUCAAAACAAAAAGUUUGUACUUUUCGCCGUAUAUAUAUAUUGCUCCUUUCCUGUCUCAGUCAAACAAAACACUUCCAAAUACUUGCUUCGCUAGUGAACCGUACUCUCUUAUCCAUGGUCUCUCUGGAAACUUUCCAGUCGGGUUGAUUUCAUGAGUGCAUUUAUGCACCAGCAGAAACAACUAAGCUUAGCUUCAACCAACCUCGCUCGGUCUGUUCCACGCGGCAGCGUUUACGCUCUCAGCACAAAAGGAAGCAUUGUGCGUCAUGUUUAAACCGAUGGCAGUACCAAGUGUAAACGUUUCCAUAAUUAUGUCAGAAAUUUCCAUUUAAAAGGAGAUCUUUAAACGAAAACGCGAGGCACAACAUUUUAUCCGCCAUUUUGCUUCUCCCAGAAUUCCACUUCAGUCGCAAGCUAAUUUCCAUGGUUUCUCGGUCCCGCCCUCUCCCCGCCUCCAGACCAGUUAGUCACGUGAUCAAAACACACUACUUUCUGGGCGGCCAUAACGUGGAGGAAAGAACAGUAUUAUUUCGCUUUUCUACGUUCUUCAUCAAUAAUGGUCGAUUACAUCAAAUCGUUGGCAGGGAGCAAUCACGACAACAUAAACCAAGAGCAGUAUUACGCACCUUCGAUGUACAAAGCUUGAAUUUCUGUCUGGAAGGGAAGACCUAAAGAGACGACUGUAUACGUACAAGCUAAGCUAAGUGUUCAAGUUUAUAAGAGUGAUUGUGUUUCUGUCAAUGAUAGAUGGAUAUAAUUCGACGGUAAAUACAGAUCAGAGGUUGUGUGCUGGAGAAAAAACUUAUCAUUAGUUGCUCUUAAAAUCUGGGUCGAUAAUUUACAUGGACACUUCUUUCGAUUGACCUUUAGACUUGUAUUAACUACCAGAAAAUUUAGAUUAAUGUUGUGGCGGCAAUAAUAAUUUUUUUUUCUCCCUUCAACCUACCUGUAUUGAUCUUAGUUACUUGAAAUGUCUUUCAAUGUUGGACUCUCACAAAGCAGUAGAAAAGAGUUUUAACUAUAUUUUGUUCGGGGUGCAAAGAAAGUCAGCUUUACAGCUUGCCUAGCAUACACUAGCCUGAAAGCCAUUUUGACUAACCCCAAUUUUUUUAUGAAUGGGACUGAUUACAGUUCUUCUGUAAUCUGAAUUCCCUAAAAAACUUUACUUGCCAGCCAGGCAAGUUAAAAACGCAGUUCACUAGCCCAAUCCUAAAAUCCAGUACCCCAGGGCUAUUACCUGGACACUACUCUGUCUACUCUCUUUGCACACUGUUUAAUGUAAUUUAGCUAGAACUUGAACCUUUGAAUGCCUUUUUAAACAAUGUUUUUACUCAGGAACUGAUGAGACAAACCUCCCGGAUGAAAUUAAUAAAAUACCUGUACAAGUACUGGAUAAAGUUGUGUGCUAUAUGUUGUCAUUUUUGCAUAAACAAUACAGGAAUGAUUAUUCUUGUAUUGCUUACGACUAAUUAGUACGUGUAGUAAAUUGUGUAAAGUAAUUAUAUGUAUAAAUUAGAGGGCUGGAGAAGAAAUUGAUGGGUCUUAAGUCACCAUGGGAGUUUUUUUGUGGGGGGUGGGGUGGGUGUGUGGCUAAUAUUAUUGAACACGGGUUAUUACACACUUUAUGAGAAAUCAUGCAUUCUGGAAAUAGAAAACUAAAAAAGUAAUAACUACAAGACAAUUUGAACCUUGUUAAGAUUUGAAUGAUUUAGUGACUUAAGGAAACUAAAGGCGACUUUAGGCGACUUAAGGCGAUUUUAGGCGACUUAAGGCGAUUUUAAGCGACUUAAGGCGACUUUGGGCGACUUUAGGCCACUUUAGGUCCCAGAGUAGGCCUAUUUAAAAUAGCUCACGCACAGCGUUGUUCUUAGGUAACAUUCGGUUAUUUUGAACCAACUUCCAUCGAACACAGUCUGAUAUGAAAUGAAAACUCUCAACACCAGUGUAUUUAGAUUUAAAGUUGUUGAUCACAGAAAAACGUAGUUUAUAGGUCAAUGAGGUAUUUAAGUAAUUAAGGGAUAAAAAUGUAUUCCGUCAGUUCAUUGUCAUGACUUCAUGAAUCUUUGUUUGCAUAGUACAUAAGUGAGUGAAAACAAACAUUCCUUAGUGCCCAAAAGGUCCCAAAACCUCCCGUGUCAAGGAAAAACAGCUAAUGAACAAUUAUUAGUUUCAUUUUGUGAUCCCACGAUCAAAAUGCUGACAAUGCAGCAUUUUAAAAUUUUGACCAUUAGUUAAUUGACUUUGAAAGUGACUAGAAGCCCCUGUAGAAGUGCAUAAUUAAAGUAAGAUUCCAUCUUGUACACGUUAUGAAAUCGAAAAGUUGCCUAAAUUCAACGGUCACGCGAUUGUUCACAUCUACAAUAAUGUCGAUACUAGUGAACUUACGCAACAGGACGGGAGAGGAAAGAAGACGGCAAACCUUGUGUGACAACCGUGACAACAAAUUUGUCUGAAAAAACUUUUCGCCAACCAUCACUUUCCUUUAAACAGAUCUUUUUGUAAAAACCAGAAAACAGUAAUGCUGAGUGAAGAUCACGACAUAACAUGCAAGUUAUAGCCCUGUCACGUUUGUCACACACAGCUGUUUUGCCGUCCUCUUCUUCCUGCCGUCCUGUUGCGUAAACUCACUACUAUCAGCUCAGGCUAUUAAUAAUGAAAAGGGGAAAACUGAGAAACAGCGGUGCGUUGGAUUAGAUAUCAGGGUUAUGUUGUGGUUUUCAAUUUCGCGAUCCGGAAUCAAAACCCGGAACAUUUGCAGGGAAUUUUCCGUUAUUUGACGAGCGAAAAGACCGCAGAUAUUGGGGACUUCGAAGACUUUUGCGCGCUUUCCAAGUACAGCGGGGAAGUGGACCGGUGUAUUUUCCACCGAGGUGGACUGGGUACAAAAAUAGUUGAAUGAAAGUUGUCUUUAAACUCAUUCUAUGAAACAGUGUGUUAGUUCAAAUUUUGAUCUACAAUUUUAAACUGCAUUUACUCACAUUUAACCCUCUUCUACUAGCAUGUAGAAGUUCUCUUUUCCCUGAAAUGUUUUACACAAAAACACCACAAAUAUUUAUACCACUUGAAAAUCAUUGUAUGUGGUGACGUGUUACCUGGCGAAUAAAGUUUAAACUACUUACAUUAGCCUGUGUCUUCUACCUUUUUCAACAAGAGCGGGGAAUAUGAGCGGGUUAAUUAGCUUCAAUUAGAAGAAAAAGCUGACCUCGGGGUGCAGGGAAUUUUACAACUUUUCAGCAGUGAGCGCUUGUCGAAUGACCCCGCCAUAUCCCGGCCGGGGGAGGGGACUGCGGGGGUUUCCAUUGACAGUUGACAUUGACAGGUGAAUUAUCAUGCAGAUUUAUUUCAACGACAAUAAAAAUCUUAAGGAUUUCCAUCAAGUUAUGCUCAUCUUUUUUGCUAUUCAGGGUUCAUGAUUACGGAAUGUCUAGCGUGCUCCAACGGUAAACUAACCUUAUCGGGUGAUGAAACUUUGAGAGAUGUCGGGGUGACUUCAUCAUCAACUGGGUACUAUUGGAAAGUGAGAUACUCUCAAAAAGACAAAUGGACAGAUGUGAUUUACUGCACAAGUCUCCCGGUCUGUAAGAUGAUAAAACCAGUAUUACCAGAUGGAACAAAAGUGCGAGUUAGUGCUAAUGGUACUUUAAUAACUUUGGUACAUAGAGCUGGGGGUAACGCCGGUGACCGCGCCCAGUUCUUAUUUGAAGUUUGGCUAGAGAAUGGCGCCAGACGUCACAUCUUUAAAGUCAACUUUACAGCCAUUUGUGAGUGUUGCUAGUUGUUGUAAGAUAAAUAAAUAACUAAAUAAAAUAAAUAAAUAACGAUCUAGAGGUAGCACUUCUACUAAGUGGUUCUUGGUCUACCUAAUCCCUCGUGGUCUGAUUGGAAUUUGUGAAUGUUGGUUUUGAGGAAAGGGGAAAAUCGGAGUACCCGUUGAAAAACCUCUCGGAGCAAAGGAGAGAACCAACAACAAACUCAACCCAGAUAUCGAGACUUGUUCAAGAACAGUAAGCCAAGUGUCGAGCAUCACAUCUUUCGAGUCAAAUUUACUGUCAUCCGUGAGUAUCCAUCAAUAUUUUUACUAGAAUAGGUUAGGCAACCUCAAGAGCCCAGAUGGGCUAAUCAAAAUCUUUAAUUCCUUUUCGGUAGAAAUCAAAACUUGUCACUCGAAUAUUCACACUGUACGUACAUGAAAACGAAAGAUGAAAUUAUCCACCAAACUUCUCGAAGGAAGACUAAGUGUGUUUUAAGGACAUUUUAAAUUGGGCAUUAUCUUUCUGUUUCUCUCUUCAUGUAGGCAUUCAUACGUGGAUAGCAGGAAAAGCUAACUUGACCAAGUUUUUGUCGGACAAGCUGCCAUGGGAUCAAGUGAUUGACAUGGAGUUCACAGACGCAAAUGCCAAUAAAAUUGCGUACUGUAAUACAAAACGAUGUGAAAUAACGGUGAACAAGAAUGGGAAUGAUCCCUCCAUAAACUGGACAAACCGUUUUGAUGUGAAGGGUGGAGCGUUAGUGCUGACUGACAUUCAAAAAGCUGACAAUGGCCGAGAGAUAAGAGUUGAAGUUCAGAGUGGGUCAGCUUUGGGGAAAGUUCAUUUUGAGAAAAUAUGGAUUCUCGUCAAUAUAUUCUCAGGUAAUUAUACUUUCGUCUUGCAUCGGGUCUAAGUCAGGGGCACCCAACGAUGGUCUCCUUUUACAUUCAUUGAAAACACUUUUUAGGCUACCCAGAUUACCUUUAGAUCUCUAGAAAGGCAUUCUAGGCAGCGCUAUAAAAUUUUUAUCUGUUCGGUUAUCCUAGGGCAUUUUGAGUCUGUUCGAAAUUAUUAGGGCUCCAGUAUUGUUUUCCCGAAAAUUUUAGAUGCAAUUUAACGUUUUACGAAAGUGAGAAUAUUCCUAAUUCCUCUCUCCAUCGCAUCUUUUAAUUAGAAAAUUUUAAGUUUCCUUUUUACUACGAAAAAUUGCCUGGCCUGUGGAGCAAAAUGUGAAAAAUUAAACUUCAAAAAUCGUAGGACAUUUAUUACACAAGCUUCGAAAAAUUGUACAUGAAUGGAACAGUCAUCUGGAAAUUUUAAGCCGUCCCCAAGUAAUAGAAAAUUCUAGGCAAUAUUUGCUUCUCCCAACAGAUAUUUUACAGAAAACAGUAGUUAGGAGCCGCUGUUGAGCUUGAAGAGCCAUCGGUCAUGUGCGGUUGCGCUGGAGACUGGGCCGAUGUUGCGUUGAAUUAUGGGAUUGUAUUUUAAGGGCAAUUUUGACCCAGCAAAAGACAGAGUACAGUACAUAAGUUAAGUAGAAAGUGUAAAACCAGACUGUGUUAUUGAAAUUGAAUAGGAUGAUCUCCUCAUUUGCUUAUAAUUUUGAAGAACUAGGGAAAGCAUCGCUCUAUACAAUCGUGUAAGUCAAAAGAGAGGUCAAACAAUUUUUAUGGUUUCAAAUUAAACAAAGCGUGUCACGUUUUUAGGUAGAGAAUUCCAAAUUGUUUUCAAAUCAAAAACGCCAAUUUUAAUUUAGUGAAUACAUCUGCAAUGUUUGAAUUUCUUUUAUAAUUUAUUUCAGGAAUAUCACACGCCGGUGAAAGUCAUACUGCGACAGUUGCAUCCAGUGUGUCAACAACCAACACUGUCUGGCCAUCUAGUACUGUCCAACAAUCAAAUGGAGUCUUGCUAUUCAGUAGUGUCCAACCAGUAACCAGUGUCUCGCCGUCAAAUUUGACCUAUUUUCUGGAACGUACUAGGUACCCCACAAAAAGCUCCGCCUUAACAACAGCUUCUAGAAAAGUUUGGAUUGUGGUUACUUCUGUCAUCACUUGCAUCUUUGUAUUUGUUUGA